GUUUUGCGUUCCGUUUAUUUACACACCUAUAGUUUUACUUUUGUUUUUAACUAGAUACCACUGUCUGUCUGUUAUAUUUGGAGAGAAAUAACAGAGACUAGGCCUGGUUAUUAAAUAGGCCACACUGUAGAGGCCACUUCUGCCGAGUGUCGGUACAGGAGAGGCAAGUCUGAAACACGUGUGUCUGACACACUGCUUCUCUUUCUGUUUUUACCUUUUAAAAGGUAUCUGAAAUUAAUUAGAAUUGUCGGAUUUGUAAGUCUUCUGUGCCCUUAGUGAGCAGUUUCUGUGAGGACAAAGAUCAGUGAUCAUGCUUCUUAUAGAAGAAAAGUAUAGAUCAGUUGCUCAGUUGUUACUAUCCUCUGGUACCUGUUCACGUUGUGUCCUCCGCUUCUGCCGUGUUGGGUCUCCAGCUCCUUACAGGCUUCCAUACAAGGAGGUAACUAACGAGCUGCAGAAGUACCUGUCACAGGGUGAUCCAGCUGGAGAAAAUGAUGCUCCGCCUAACAAGAAAGUCAAGCUUGAAGACACCACUUCAAAUGAACAUGUGGGGAACAGUGAGGAUGUUAAUGGUUCUCAGGUUGUAGGAAUCUGUACUCUGUGCUUAGGAAUACUUCAACAGUUCUGUGAACCAGAGUUUAUUAAAAAGGUGUUUGUGAAAAUAAAUUCCGCUGGCUAUGAAUUGAAAGAUUUUGUUUUCUCAGUAUCUUUGCCUGCACAGCUUUCAGUCCGAGAGGUAAAGUUUUAUCUCAUUUUUAUUUCCUGUAUUGCUGUAACUAGGUUAAAUUUCCUGACAACAUGGUUUUAAGAAUUGCCAUAUACCUACCUAUACAUAGAUGUCAUAAUUAUGAUAAAGGUGUAUCUUCCAUUUUUUAAACAAACAGGGAGAAAUAAGAGCACAAAUUGUGUGCACAGAACAUUUUAUCUCUGUAUUCCUUUAUAUAGUAAGUGACUUGAGAUUUUCUCACUUCUUCUUUUUGUACGGGGAACAUUUUCAGAACAAUAACAAAUUGGGGGUUAAACAGUCCCUGGGAUUAAGAUUUUUUUUCCCCAAAUGUUGAUAUAUAUGCCUCUUUGUUUACAAAGUUAGUCAUCUUGCUGAAGGGUUUCUCAGGAGAUGAAGCAUCUGCUCUGUUAAUAAAAUAUUUGGAUCAAA